AUGGGGUUUAUCGAGGGAGCAAAGUUACAAGGUAAAUGUUUCGAAGAUACUGUAAGACAAGUUUGUUAUUUUUUUCAAAUCAAAAACCUUUUCGAGGAUCAGGUCAAAGCCAUUAAAGCUUUCCUUGAAGAAAAUAACGUUUACUUCUGUGCGAGUACUGGGUACGGAAAGUCAAUCGUGCUCGAUCAAGUUAAUAAAAUGAAUGAAUUGGGAAUUAGCUCUGCUGCUGUGUUUAAAGGCCAAGAUGAAUCCAUUUUACCAGAUAUCGAAGACGGUGUAUAUUCACUUGUUUUCACGUCGCCUGAGUCCAUGUUGGCGACUAAACGCUGGGAGAAAAUAUGGAAAUCAGAAAGCUUUGUGGACAAUUGUGUCUGUAUUGCUGUUGAUGAAGCUCAUUGCGUCAGUCAGUGGGGAUUGGCAGGGCAAAAAGCUGCCUUUAGAUCUUGGUAUGGAAAUCAUGGAGUAAUCAGGGGCCUAAUGAAAGACGUGAAUCUCAUAGUAUGUACUGCCACAGCAACAAAAUCAACUAAAUCAAAGAUUUUCAACGUUUUAGAACUCAAGAUGGAAGAAACAAGCUCUCCAGACGUAUUCCAUGGGGUUAUACUAGAAGUUAAGGAAAAAAAUGUCAAAUGUUCAAAAACUUUAAUAUACUGCCAAACAAGGAAACAAGCUGCUGUCAUAUGGAGAACAUUCAAGGUGGAACUGGGGAAAAGCAUGUAUGCUGGUGAAACCAUGAUGCUGAGAGACUGCAUUGUUGAAAUGUACCAUGCUGGAACACCAGAGUCUUCUAAGAAGCAUAUUCUAAAAUCUGUGUGCCUUCCUGAUGGUUAUGUUAGGGUUCUUAUUUGUAAGAUUGCAUUCGGCAUGGGGAUAGACAUAAAAGGUGCACGCAAGGUGAUUCAUUUUGGUCCCUCUCAAACAACUGAAUGCUAUUUGCAAGAAUGCGGGCGUGUUGGCAGAGAUGGUGGUAUUCUUCUCUAUAAUGGCUUGUUAACAUUUUGCUGCGCUGAUCACAUGAAGGAGCUGAUAAACAAACAAAAAUGCUACAGAAGAGAUAUCCUUAAGCAUUUUCCUGGCAAUCAUGAAAUUUUAAUGCAAGGCUGCCAGUGCUGUUAUGUUUGUGCUCAGGCUUGUUCAUGCUUGGGCUUAAAAGGUGAAUGUGCCAAAAAAAUGUUACCAGUUUUUUCACAUGAGCAGAUUACAUAUCAGCAUGGAAAGCAUAGAACUGUCACAGAGCAACAGAAAGCAUCACUGGAAUCCAAAUUAUACGAUUAUCGGGAUGUUUUAAGGAGCAAAGCCCCAAAGCAAGUGUUGCUGCAUCCAAAUGUUUUAUAG